AUGCCCCAACUCGCCUCCACCUACCGCGCUGCCUCCGAAGACGUCCCCACCCCCCAGUGGUUCCUCAACCACGAUUUCCACCUCUCUUUCCUCCACCUACCCGGCAACGAAGUUGCCGGAUACGGUGAGCCCUCCCCACGCCAAUACGUUGGGUGGCUCCUUCUGCAACCCAACCCGGAAUUGCACAACGUCUUGGAAUGGCGAUUCCGGGACGUCCCACCCACCCGUCAUACCUGGGCCAUCUACGGCGAGUCGGUCGUCACCCUCACCCACCUCCAGACCCUCGACUGGGACGUCGGCGAGCUCACCGACCCAACUGGCCAACAACGGGCCUACGACACCGUCUCCCAGCUGCAGGCCACAACGAUCGCCAUGUCCGACCACGCUUUAGAUAUCAUUUGCGCCCCCCAUCAUCUCUUUUUCAUUGCUGACCUCGUCAACCACAUAGAGCAGGUUGACCGCGAACACGAGCGGACCUGGCUGGAGCGCGUCCUCGCCACCAACAACAGCCACGCCGCCUCCCCUAUUCCCCCCACCCCGCCUCUGCCCGCCCCAGAAUGGGGAAACCCGGCCGACAUCUCCGGAUGGGGUGACACCAACGUCGACUGGAGCAACACUAACUGGGGGAACGUCCCCAUGGACGAGGCCGACAUGGAGUGGUCCUCCCCUAUACAACCUCCGCGCCGCUCCCCUCCACCUCGUGACUCCCCCUCCCCAACACCGCAGCACCUCCGCCCAAUGCCCGCUCGCCUACGCUCCGGCGCGCCCCCUCCGACCGGUACGCACCCCUCUCCCCGCUCUCCCAGCCCCACCCCCCGCUCCUCAAGCCCCGUCGAUGAAAACGAACCCCCGUUCGCCAUAGUCGUCGACCCCGCGUCGCCCCUGGAGUGGCCAGCCUCGGCCGUCCGAACGGUCCUCAGCACCAUCAGUGGAGGCGACCUCACCGACACCACCGACCCUGAUGCCCUGUCCGCGUCCCCUGCCCCUCCAACUCCCCCGCUCCGCCAACCAUACGGAGGGGCCCUCCUCUACGAUGAGCGACUCCCGGACGGCUGGCAAAUCGGGCUGGAAGAACCCCAUCACGUCGGCGGACACCCUUGGGAGUGGCGUAUCUCAGGCCACCUCAACGGGACUGCUCUCCUCGAGGUCCAACUCCGGAGCUACGCCUGGGACGAGCAGUGGGAGCACAUGCCUGGCGUCGACAACGCCUACCUCAUCGGCGUCUUGGCCGACAACCUUCACCCCAGUGGACGGUUCACGGAGACUCAAUACCUGGGAUUCCUUCGGGCGAUGAUCCAGGCACGCGACCCCGCCACCCGCAUCACCGACCACGACGUAUGGAGAGAAGCGGCCGACAACCUCGUCGACGUGUACGACGUCCGCAACAUCCCCGUCUCGGUCUGCCAGUACCGGAACGGACGUGCCGUACGCCUCUACGACAAUAUGUCGGGAAACGACCUCCAUCGCAGCGUAUGGGGGAACUUCUACGAUGACGAGAUCCUCGACGUCUCCAAUUACGGUGACUCCCCUCCACCCACCCCUGCCACACCUGCCGCACCCAUCGAGGAGGUCCUCCGUUCGCGCAGCCCCUCCCCCGUAUCCCCGCCCGCUGUCGUCCACGACCUCCCCGCUGACGCCAUCUCCACCCCUUUCCGUCCCAGGCGCCCCGCCCCCGCUAACCCUUCAUCCCGUUCCCCAUCGCCCCCCGCCGCCUCCCCAACCAUCGCACCGUCGCCGUCCCGCUCCAUCACCUUCCUCUCCGGGGCCUACUUCAACCCCAUUGAUCCUGGCUUGAACAUCAGCCUCUGGUACCCGCCAGCGCCCUCGUCACCGCUCACGGAGCCGGACUUGGAGUUGAACGAUCGGGACGAUCGUGCUUAG